UACUCACAGCAUUGGACGGAGGGAGGGAGCGAGCCAGACUCCCCGCGUCUGCCGCUCCCUGGCCUGCCCUUCGCCCUCCGCCGCGCGCGCCCAUUGGCCACCGCAGCCUCUCCACGUGGGACGGAGGCGCGCGCUUCAUUGGACCCCGCGUGAGGGGCGGGCCUAGAAUGCGCGGGUCGCCGGCCGUGGAGGGUCAAGUCGUGGCUUCUGAGGGCUGGGGAAGGGCAGCGGGCGCAGGCGAUGGUGCCAGCGCUGCGUUACUUGGUUGGUGCCCGCGGACGGGCCCGCGGGGCUUUAUUCGGGAGCUUCCCCUGGGCGUGCGGGCCGGCGUCAGGGAGGCCCCGACCGCUGUGUGGGGGUGGCCGCAGCGCCAGCACCAGCUCAUUUGAUAUAGUCAUUGUUGGUGGCGGAAUUGUGGGGCUUGCCUCUGCCAGAGCACUCAUCCUGCGACAUCCAUCACUUUCUAUUGGUGUUCUGGAAAAGGAGAAAGAUUUAGCUGUUCACCAGACUGGACAUAACAGUGGUGUCAUACAUAGUGGAAUUUAUUAUAAACCUGAAUCUCUGAAAGCCAAAUUAUGUGUACAAGGUGCAGCCCUCCUCUAUGAAUACUGCCAGCAAAAGGGAAUUUCCUACAAGCAAUGUGGCAAGCUUAUAGUAGCUGUUGAACAAGAAGAAAUUCCGAGACUUAAGGCUCUAUAUGAGAGAGGCCUGCAGAAUGGUGUCCAGGGCCUGAGGCUGAUCCAGCAGGAUGAUAUAAAAAAGAAGGAGCCAUAUUGUAGGGGUCUGAUGGCUAUUGAUUGUCCACAUACUGGCAUUGUGGACUAUCGGCAGGUGGCUUUAUCAUUUGCCCAAGAUUUCCAGAAAGCAGGUGGCUCUGUCUUGACCAAUUUUGAAGUAAAAGAUAUUGAAAUGGCUAAAGAAGGGCCUUCAGGAAGUAUAGAUGGAAUGAAAUAUCUGAUUGUUAUAAAGAAUACAAAGGGAGAAGAAAUUCGAUGUCAGUAUGUUGUGACUUGUGCAGGACUUUACUCAGACCGUAUUUCAGAGUUGAGUGGCUGCCCUUCUGAUCCUCGAAUUGUACCAUUCCGAGGAGAUUACCUGCUCUUGAAGCCUGAAAAAUGUUAUCUUGUAAAAGGAAAUAUUUAUCCGGUCCCAGAUAGCAGAUUUCCUUUCCUAGGAGUUCACUUCACACCAAGGAUGGAUGGCAGUAUUUGGCUAGGUCCUAAUGCAGUUCUUGCCUUUAAACGAGAGGGUUACAGACCCUUUGACUUCAGUGCCACAGAUGUUAUGGAUAUAAUUGUCAAUAGCGGCUUGAUUAAAUUGGCAUACCAGAAUUUUUCCUAUGGAGUUACCGAAAUGUAUAAAGCCUGUUUUCUUGGUGCAACAGUGAAGUAUCUUCAAAAGUUCAUCCCUGAAAUUACUAUCAGUGAUAUACUUAGGGGUCCAGCUGGAGUAAGAGCUCAAGCCCUGGAUAGUGAUGGAAAUCUGGUAGAAGAUUUUAUAUUUGAUGGAGGAGUUGGGGAUAUUGGAAAUCGCAUUCUUCAUGUGAGAAAUGCACCCUCCCCUGCUGCUACUUCUUCCAUCGCAAUUUCUGGAAUUAUUGCAGAUGAAGUGCAACAAAGAUUUGAAUUGUAAAUAAUGAAAGGAGCUAGGUAUGCACUAAAAUCUCCAUGUCAGCAACAAGAAUGUACUAAUUUCAUUCUUUAAUAUAAAAUAUGGUUUUUAAAAUUUCAUUUUUAUGUGAAAGAUAACCACUGAAUUGUUAAAAUGAUAUAACAUAGAAAUAAUAAUUUUCUACAAAAAUUAGCCAGGCAUAGUGGUACAUGCCUGUAAUUCCAACUGUGGAGGCUGAGGCAGGAGAAUCACUUGAACCAAGAAGGUGGAGGUUGCAGUAAGCUGAGAUUUAGCUACUGCAUUACAGCCUGGGUGACAGAGCAAGAAAAUAAUAAUAAUUUUUUAAAUGCUAGGCUGGGGGCUGGGGCUCCCACCUUCAAUUGCCAGCACUUUGGGAGGCCAAGGCAGGCAGAUUGCAGCCCAGGAGUUUGAGACCAGCCUGGGCAACAUGGUGAAACCUUGUCUCUACAAAAAAUUAGCUGGGUGUAGUGCCUGUAGUUCCAGACACUCAGUAGGCUGAGGUGAGAGGAUCACUUGAGCCCAGGAGAUCCAGGCUGCAGUGAGCUAUGGUCAUGCCACUGCAUUCCAGGCUGGAUGAUAGAGCAAGACCUUGUC